AAGCCAGCAGCUCCCUCUCUCGCCUGCCUGUGUGCUGAAGCCCGGACAGGGAAGACCCUGGGAAGGAGGGGGAGAUCAGCACACAGAGGCCACUUUGCAUCUGGGUAGUGGUGCUCACACGCAGGGCCACAGUCAAGCAGCAUGGGGCUGGAGAAGGAGAAAUUAGACGCUCGGAUCUUCAUGGAUGAGGAUGAGUUUAACCACUCAUCAGCUCCUAUGCUGUCAGAGAAAACCAUUGACAAUCACCCAGAUCGGGACCCCCACGAUCUGAACAGCCACUUAAAGUUGGCAUUUGAGGACGUAAUAGCGGAACCUCCAAACACUCACAGCUUCGACAAAGUUUGGAUUUGCAGCUUAGCUUUGUUUGAGAUCAGUAAAUAUAUUAUCUACAAAGUUCUCACCCUUAUUCUUGCCAUCCCAUUGGCUUUUGUCAUAGGGCUGUUGUUUGCAGUGCUCAGCUGCAUUCAUAUUUGGGUUGUGAUGCCUUUCGUGAAGACCUGCUACAUGGUGUUACCAUCUGUGCAAACAAUUUGGAAGGCGGUGACAGACAGUCUUAUUGCGCCUUUAUUUGCAAGUAUGGGAAAGUGUUUCUCCUCUGUGAAUGUGCAGCUGGACAAUAAAUAGACAUCGUCAACUCAAUCCUGCUGUGGAUAAUGCUUUCUUCUGGUGGUGAAAAUUACUACUGUACAGUGCUUUACUGGGCUGGUGAAAAAAUCCUGUCUACUUACUUUAAUUACACUAUAUGUACAUUCCAGAUAAAAUAGUCUAUUUGUAAAUUUCUAAAUAUGCCUUACCUUCUAAUUUGUGUUGCUAUGUUUAGAAACAACUUAAAGGGAUAUGGACAUGGUAGUGCAAUAACAAAAUAAUCUAAUUUUAAUAUGGCACAAAUUCUUUUAGAUAGCUUUGUGUUUCAACCCCUGCAUAAUUUAAGUGACAUGAAACCCAUUUUUUACUUUUAUCAAUCGGAUAGAGCAUAACAUUUUAAACAACUUUCCAUUUUACUUCAUUUUUCUAAUUUGCUUUGUUCUCUAGUUCUCGUUUGUCAAAAGCAUACCUAGGAAGGCUUAGAAGCAUCAAUGCACUACUUGGAGCUAGCUGCUGAUUGGUGGCUGUACAUAUAUGUCUCUUCUCAUUGGUUCACUUGGUGUGUUUGGUUAGUUCCUAGUAGUGCAUUGCUGCUCCUUUAAAUUACCAAAAAAUUACUGUAGAUUUACAUCAAAUGCAUGAUAAAAAGACAAUGCAUUAGCACUUAGUCUGAACUUCAAAUGAGUAGUAGAUUUUUUUUUCCUGACAGAUUUCACAGUUAUGCCUAUUUCUACUCCCCCUGUACCAUGUGACAGCCAUUAGCUAAUCACAAAUGCAUAUACGUACCAUGUGACAGUCAUCAACCAAUCACAAAUGCAUAUACGUAUAUUUUGUGAAGUCUUGCACAUGUUCAGUAGGAGCUGGUGACUCAAAAAGUGUAAAUAUUAAAAGACUGUGCCCAUUUUGUUAAUGGAAGUAAAUUGGAAAGUUAUUUAAAAUUGCAUAUUCUAUUUGAAUCAAGAAAGUUUAAUUUGACUUGAGUGUCCCUUUAACACAGGAUACCAAUAACAAAUUUGAUAAUAGCAGUAUACUGGAAAGUUGUUAAAACUGUAUGCGCUAUCUGACUCGUGAAAUAAAAAUAAUUGUGUUUCUUGUCCCUUUAAAGUCUGAUCAGGAGCUACAAUGUACUGUUACGUUUGAGUAGGCCAGGAGAGUUAUACACAUUACCAGCAGUGUCCUGCUCAGAACCCAUUGCACAAGCAUAACUAUAUUUCGCUUUAAAAGAGUAAAACAUAUACUAGUAUAUAGCAACAGGUAUUUGUGCUAUAAUAAAAUGUUCAAAGAAAAUACUACAUUUUAUCAACACAUUUAAAUAGAUUUAGGGAGUAGGACAACACUGAUUAUGGUAAAAACACAAGUAUUGGUUUAUAAAUCUUUAAAAGUCCUCAGUAUGAAACACUGUCAGUCUGAAUAAUCUCACAGUGAAUUCUUAAAGUGCUGGUUUUCCUCAUCUUACACAUAAGGACUGUCAUGAUAUAGCAUUCCUAUAAAGAAUUAUAGAUAACACAGCAUUUAUAAAGUAACGUGCUUAAUGGAGACAUGUUUAGUUAUUUUAGCUUAUUUUAUUAGAUCACUUUAAAAUCUAACAUAUAAAAUCACAUUUAUGAAUAUGUAUAAUUAUUGAUUUGCCAAAAAUGUGUCUUCUUUCCAUAAAAUACAUUUUCUUGUAUAUUAACAGAUUGCACUGAACCUCAAUGCAUUUUUGUAUAUUUUAAAUUUUGUUUUGUUUUUUUAAAUCUUAACAUUUUGUUACUGCAUUUGCAAUUUGUGCAACUUUUAACAACUAUGGGCUAGAUUACAAGUGGAGCAUUAAAUUUUCGCCCACCGUUUGCGGGCGCACAAUACUUAAUCAGCCAUUACAAGUGGCUGGUUAUUGCUACCGCAAGCUUGCGGUAGCAAUUAGCUCUUAUAAAAUGAACCAGAGAUCAGAUCUCCCGUUAAUUUUAUAAAUGUUCCCUAAAUGCCACUACAGUGCAUUGUAUUUUAUUAAAAACUAAAGAUAGCAGCAUCUUUAUUUUUUAAUAAAAUAACUGCACUAGGCAGUAUUUUGGGGGUAAAGUUGACGGGAGAGGGGUGUUACAAAUAAAGUUAAAAAAAAAGAGCUUUUACAUUGCGGUCUAUGGGAACUGUGUGUUCCCAGUAAAUAUAUAUGUAUAUGCUUAAAAACAUAUAUAUUUAUGUUUUAAUAUGUGUAUAUACUGGAUUGUUGCCUAUGGAAGCGUGCUCCCGUUAACGCAAUGCUUCCUAACAAUGACAGCUUGUAAUACCAGCGCACAUUAGCGUGCACUGGUACUACACAGUGGAGCUCAAAUAUUGCUUUUAUGAAACCAAUAUUUAGCACUCCACUUGUAAUCUGGCUCAAAAUUGGCAAUUUGGCAAUAUUUUUUCAUGUAUUGGUGUACAAUGAAAUAUAUUUUGCUUAUGUGCAUGUGUGUGUGUGUGUAUAUAAUAUAUAUAUAUAUAUAUAUAUAUAUAUAUAUAUAUACACAAAUACACACAAAAAUACAUUUAGAAAAAUAAGAAAAGCUGUUAAUCAACUAUGCACAAACUGUGUAUGUAUUUGGUACAUUUUGCAUCAUGGAAUAAAAUAGAAGGUUAAGAGAGUUCUCCAAUGUAUACCAAAGUACUCAUCUUAGUGAAUAUUGACUAGUUUAUUGCAAUGAAACCAAGUGAUCUGUCUAGGCACAGACCUGUUUAUGAAGGUUCACGCUCCUAUCCAAUCCUUUUUUUUUAAGUCUGUGUCCUCUCUCUAUUCCACAAUUUUAGAGAAGAAUAAUUUAUGAAUUUAUAUAAAUUCUAUGGAAUUUUGAUACUAAGGAAUAUGAAUAUUUGUAUAUUACUUUUUUGAUCACUUGUUAAAUACAAUUGCAAAGGUAUUCAAUUAAAAAUAUAUUAUAUA